AUGGCACCAGGACUGGCGGUGGGCGAAAAGAAGCACUCUGGAACGGCCAGAGUGCUCGGUUCCGGCACCUCGGGAAUCGCAGAGCUGCUCAUCUUUCACCCGGUAGACACCGUGGCCAAGCGGCUGAUGUCCAACAAGCAAGCUGGCCUACAGGUGAGCCACGUUAAAGAUUCUCAUGCGAGGCCGAGCGUAGAGCAUGCCGGCUUGCAAGGAGGCUAUUCGUACGUGCUUGGCUCAGCACAUCGAACGCUUGCCGCUCAACUCGCUAGCUAGCAUUACGUCUGCGCCGCGCUUGCAGACUGCUUGGCAUGGUCAUUCAGCCCGGCGUGGGAUGUUUGCGCAUCGCUGACGGCCAUCGCUCUGUCCUCCUUUGCAGGUCUCGCAAAUCGUCUUCAAGGACAAAGCAAGCGCGCCCAUCGGCACAAAGUUCAUCUCCCUCUUUCCAGGUCUGGGAUACGCUGCGGGAUACAAGGUGCUGCAGAGGGUGUACAAGUUUGGCGGACAACCGUUCGUGAACGAUUACCUGGUCAGCAACCACAAGGCUGCCUUCACUAACACUUUUGGUGAGAAGAAUGGCAAGAGCAUCAUGCAGGCCACAGCCGGAAGGUGAGCAGUCUAUUGUCACUGCGGAGGAGGGGGAAGGAGGAGAAGGAUGGUGCGGGUAUCAGGACGAGUCAAACCUGUGCACGGGCUGGGACCCUGUCAAACUCUGACGAGCGAGGGUGAGGCGGAGUAUGGCGUCGUACGCACGCACCCACCACACAUCUUCCAAGGCUGCAGAGACUGAUUCUGCGCAGAAGCUGAUGUCUCCUCUUCCUCUGCCCGUCUCAGCAUCAUCGGUGUUGGUGAAGUUGUCCUGUUGCCUUUGGACGUGCUAAAGAUCAAGAGGCAGACGAACCCAGAAGCUUUCCGAUCUCGAGGCUUUUUGCGCAUCGUGGCAGACGAGGGGACAGGCCUGUACCGGGGUGCAGGAACCACCGCCAUGCGAAAUGCACCCGGUUCCUUUGCCUUGUUUGGUGGGUCUGCAUUUGCUCAUCAAGCACUAGGAUCAACGCCAGGCUCCAAAGAGACUACAUGGACCCAAAACUUUAUCGCCUCCAUCGCCGGAUCAGUGGCUUCCAUCACUGUCGCUGCUCCCCUCGACGUCGUCAAAACGCGCAUUCAGCAGGCCAACUUUGAGAGACCAGUCGGUGGUCUUACCGUCAUCAAGGAUCUGCUGAAGAAUGAGGGUCCCAGUGCGCUCUUCAAAGGUCUCGUGCCCAAAAUUCUCGUUGUAGGACCCAAGCUCAUCUUCUCCUUCACGCUGGCUCAAAGUUUGAUCCCCAUGUACGCCAAGCUCAUCGACUAG